GAGUUCCGAUCGGGCGCGUGCCUCAACACAAUCUUUGGGCCUAAUAGCACUGGGAAAAGCUCCAUCAGUCGUACUCUCUGUCUUGGUCUCGCCCGCUCGCCGUCCAUCUCAAGUCGCUCGCCAAAAAUCGGCAAGCAGGACGGCGACUGUCAGAUCAAGCUCAAAGGUACGAAGGGCAAGUCUGUUCACAUCGUCCGCCGCGACCUCUCCUCCAACUCCAACAGCGCCCAGCUCAUGUUCAACGGCCGGUCCUCGUCUGGCAAGUACACCAGUGCCAGCAUGGUGGAGCUGGACAGAUGCAGGCCAACAGCCUUUGGUAUGUCCAGCGUGUAG